UGGUCCACACUGAUCAUUCGUCCGUUGAUAUUGGUAGUCCAUUGUGCUAAAUGAAUAACGCAAUAGUUGGAAUCUAACCUAUUUUUCGUUGGAUUUGUUCGAUUUGCUAUUUAUUAAUUUCGAGCAAUUUCGAAAGAUUAAAGGUGAUUAAAGGCACACAUAUAUAUAUACACAUAUAUAUAUAUAUAUAUAUACACACACACUAUCCGGUGGAGCAACACACCAAAAUCGUCCAGAUUUGCUUACAUUCAGAGCGCUCUCGACAAUAAGAGGCUUUAUUCUCGCGAGGACAAAUGCCGAAGAACAAAGGCAGAAAUGCUUUUUUUUUCUUCAUGAUCCAUUGGAGGAAACGUGAGGAAGCGCAAGGCCGUACAUUUCCUGAUGGGUUGAAAGACGUUCAACGGGAUUCGAAGUGUACUUUGGAAUGGCAGACUUUAACGAAACAAGAAAAAGGUCAUUUUGAAGCUAUGGCCAAAAAUGAUAAAAUUGUGUCACAAGUAUCAGUCAAAGACAAGAAAACAACACUUGGAGAAUCACUAAAUAUGCUUAAACAGAAAGAAAAGGAAGCAGAGAUGUUUAUAAAAAAUAUGCAGGAAAACAUAAAAGUAAUAAUCGACUCAGCUGUAAAUCUUAAUUUUUUGGCAGAACUGAAAUUUUGUUUUGUACAUGUUAAUUGGUUUUUCUGUAAGAUUGUUAACAAUAUUCCUGAAUAUUUUCCUGCCGAAUAUACAUUUGGAGUUUUUUCACUCAAAAACGGUAUAGAAGAUGUACAUCAUACUAUUGUCAGUGCUAAGAUUCCAUUAGGAUAUAGACGGGAAGCACUAGAAAUAAGUCAGAACAGUCAUAAAAUACCUGUAGAAUAUGAGGGCGGUCAGAUUGACUUUGCUGUUAUGUAUGACAGACUAGCGGAUUUCCUAGAAUCUAGGAAACUUGUGGAUCAGUAUCCUUAUCUUUAUACAAGACAAGCUUUCACACGAGAAGUACAAUCCUUGAUAACAAAACUGUGUGAUGCAGCACAAGAAGAUAAAGAACAAUUUAAAAUUUAUGAAUUGGAAUCAUUGUUCACACAUUUGGCAAAUGAAUUAUUCAAGAAAAGAGAAGAUCGAGAUAUGGAUACAAUUCCUGUUUAUGCUCAUAAAAUAUUUGAAAAUUACACGUACCGAUUUGAUAAAGGAUCUGAAUGUCAUUUUCAUAAAUACGUUGAUGGAGGAUCUGAAUACUGUAGUAAAUCUGUGCUGCAACAAUGGGCAUGGACACUAUGCGAUGAGUUUUGUGCACCACUUGAUAUCAAGAUACAACCAGGAGUACAUCAGCCUGACAGAUCUGAGCUUGAUCAAUUCGAUAACCAACACUUGAUGUCGAUGAUGAGUAAUUUGCAAGUCAAAGAUGUUCACCAAUCUAAAUCUGAUAUUGAUGGAGUUUUAUCUAUGACAGGCGUAAGUGAGCAACAUAGAUUAAAAGUAUCCGGUAGAACAUAUGAACAAGAAAUGCGUCGUCGACAAGAAUCAAAACCAAUACAAGUUAUUGAUUGUAGCAAAUUUCAAGAUUCUGCAUCUAAUGAUGCAUCUUGUUCUAAUAACUUUAUUGACAAAUGGGCAUCUAAGAAGCCCAUUGGAGAAAAAGCUGAAUAUUUGAAUGAAAAACCAAUGCGACCUCCAAAUAUUGAUCGUAAGUUUAGAAAACUCUUUAUUUAUUAA